AUGUCUCAAUCUAAAAAAAAAUCAACAGGCAGACCUCCUUCAGAUAUUUGGGAUAGUCAUUUUAAAAAAGGCAAAGAAGUUUCAAAAGGACAUUAUGAAGGAGCAUGCAAUUAUUGUUCUUUUUUUCAAAAUAAAGGCUCUCCUCAAGAUUUUGAAGACCAUCUAGCAAAUAAUUGUCCCAAUGUUCCUA